CCAAGAGGAAGGUCCUCUCCGCCGCCAGAAGCAUCUGAAUUGGCCGAGACGGAAAGGCUGAUCAACUUGCUGUUGAGUAUUUUAUUAUUUCAUCCCUGGAACACUUACGCGUGGAUCUAGCUGAAUUUCAGGCAGGGACUGAAGGACGUACUGAGGACACACCAUGGUGGAGCCAGAGCUUCGAGUCUCCGCAGGCCAGCGGCUGGGAGCGCCGGAGACGAUGGCCAUCAGCACGCUGGCUCCAGGCCACAAGCCGCCCGUCAUGCCCCCGGGCCGGCACAUCACCGUCAGGGUCCGCAUGCUGGACGAAACCGAGGAGCUCUUCGACAUCUCGCAACGAGCGUCGGGCAAGGUGCUGUUUGAAAUGGUGUGCACUCACCUGAACCUGGUCGAAGGAGACUACUUUGGCCUGGAGUAUCAGGAUCAUCGGAAAAGGACGGUUUGGCUGGACCACUUAAAACCCAUAGCAAAGCAGAUCAAACGGCCCAAGCACACAGUCCUGCGCUUCGUGGUGAAGUUCUUUCCUCCGGACCAUGCCCAGCUACUGGAGGAGCUGACCAGGUACCUGUUUGCCCUGCAGAUAAAGUAUGACCUGGCCUGUGGCCGACUCACCUGCAACGACAGCAGUGCAGCUCUGCUGGUCUCCCACAUCAUCCAGUCGGAAAUUGGGGACUUUGAGGAGACUCAGAGUCGGCAGCACCUUCUGAACAACAGUUACAUUCCGGACCAAAUGGCCCUCAUCGACAGCAUCAUGGAGUUUCACCACAAGCAUGUGGGGCACACACCAGCCGAGUCCGAUUUCCAGCUGCUGGAGGUGGCUCGUCGGCUGGAGAUGUACGGCGUGCGCCUCCACCCAGCCAAGGACCGAGAGGGCACCAAGCUCAGCCUGGCCGUGGCGCACACCGGCGUCCUCGUCUUUCAGGGUCACACAAAGAUCAAUGCCUUCAACUGGUCCAAAGUGCGGAAGCUGAGUUUCAAGAGGAAAAGAUUUCUUAUCAAACUCAGGCCAGACCUGAAUCAGAGUGCAUACCAGGACACGCUGGAGUUCAUGAUGGCCAGCCGCGACUGCUGCAAGGUGUUCUGGAAGGUCUGUGUGGAGUAUCAUGCCUUUUUCCGGCUUUUCGAAGAGCCCAAGCCCAAGCCUAAGCCUGUUCUGUUCAGCCGAGGGUCCUCCUUCAGGUUCAGUGGUCGGACGCAGAAGCAGAUCAUUGAUUAUGUGAAAGACACAGAAUUCAAAAAGAUUCCCUUUGAAAGGAAACACAGUAAAGUCCAGUACAACAGUAACCUAUCCCCACUGCCUUCACUACGCUCCGAAGUGCCAAAAGAAAGUGCAAGCUAUACUGCCCGAGAGAGGAGCCACUCUCCAGCCAAGCACCACUGGAAGGAGCCGGCGCUCGUCAGCGCCGAGGACUCGCCCGCCCUGCGGACUCGCGGCAGCCCCGCGGGCCAGCCCAACGGCCACCAGGAGCGGCCCGAGGAGGGGGCGAGGGCCGGCGGCAGGCACCACGCGGCCGAAGCCCUGAACACAGAGGCGGUCUCCAGCAGCCCGCGGUUGUUGGGGGCAGCUCGGGGCAUGGUCAACGGGCAGCACCAGACCAACGGAGGCGGGCACAGUCCCGACGGCCGCCAGCCGUCUCCCCUCACCAGCCCGCUGCUCAAUGAUGCAGCCACGCGGACUGAUGAUGAGGACGAGGCAAGGAGGAAGCGAUUCCCGACAGACAAAGCUUACUUCAUUGCCAAGGAGCUGCUGACCACAGAGAGGACCUAUCUGAAGGACCUGGAAGUGAUAACAGUGUCUUUUCAGAGUAUGUUGGAGAAGGAGGAGGCUACGCCUGAUUCUCUAAAGAAUGUGAUCCUGUCCAAUUUUGACCCUCUGUACAAGUUCCACACCGGCUUUCUCAGGGAGGUGGAGCAGAGACUGGCUCUAUGGGAGGGGCGCUCCAACGCUCACAUUAAAGGGGACUACCAGCGCAUUGGUGAUGUCAUGCUGAAGAACGUUCAGGGCUUAAAGCAAAUGACGGCGCACCUGCAGAAGCAGGCGGAGAUGCUGCGGGAGCUGGAGGCGGCGUGCCGGGCCUCACGCAAGCUGGAGGGUCUGUGCCGGGACUUUGAGCUGCAGAAGGUGUGCUACGUGCCCCUCAACGUCUUCCUGCUGCGCCCGCUCCACCGCCUGCUGCACUACCGGCAGAUCCUGGAGCGCCUGUGCAAACACUACCCCCCCACGCACGCAGACUUCAGGGACUGCAGAGCGGCUCUGGCCGAUGUGACUGAGAUGGUAUCGCAGUUGCACAACAGCAUGAUCAAGACAGAAAACUACCAGAAGCUGCUGGAGCUCAAGAAGGACUUGAUUGGCACCGACAAUCUGGCAGCCGCAGGAAGGGAGUUCAUCAGGUUGGGAUGUCUGAGCAAGCUGUCUGGAAAAGGCCUCCAACAGCGCAUGUUUUUCCUGUUUAAUGAUAUUCUUCUAUAUACCAGUCGAGGGAUGACUGCUACCAAUCAGUUUAAAGUACAUGGUCAACUGCCACUACAUGGCAUGACUAUCAGAGAGAGUGAGGAUGAGUGGGGCGUGCCUCACGCCUUCACCCUGGUGGGCCAGCGCCAGUCGGUGGUGGUGGCAGCAAGUUCGUUAUCGGAAAUGGAAAAGUGGAUGGAGGACAUCAAGGCGGCGGUCGACCUGGCGAAGACGUCCAACGGGCCGACGUCCGAGCUGUCGGCCAGCAGCGUGAACGAUCACAAAUCCCUGGAGGACUCCGCCCUGGAGCAGGAGUCCGAGGACGAGUUGAGUGCGUCACGGACGUCUCUGGAGCGCCAGGCGCCUCACCGUGGUAACACCAUGGUACACGUGUGCUGGCAUAGGACCACCAGCGUGUCCAUGGUGGACUAUAGCAUGGCUGUGGAGAAUCAGUUGUCUGGAAAUCUGUUAAGGAAGUUCAAGAACAGUAAUGGCUGGCAGAAGCUUUGGGUGGUCUUCACGAACUUCAGCCUGUUCUUCUACAAAACUCAUCAGGAUGACUACCCUCUGGCCAGCCUGCCCCUCCUGGGCUACUCUGUCACUAUCCCCUCGGAGACGGAAAACAUCCAUAAAGACUACGUCUUCAAACUGCACUUCAAGUCCCACGUGUACUACUUCAGAUCUGAGAGUGAAUACAGUUUUGAGAGGUGGAUGGAGGUGAUCCGAAGUGCCACGGUGUCCAGUGGCCGGGGUGCUGUUUCAACGCAGAAAGAAGCUCAGGCUCAUUGACCCACAGAGCCAGAAGGAUCCCCCUCCUCAGUGCUCCCCCAGACCUCCCUUUGUGCAUCCAUCUGAUCCUGCUACAUCGACAUGGGGCCAAACCCUACGGCUCCUGCAACUUCUUUUAAGCAUCCUCUUCAGUUCCUUGAAAAAGACUUUUAUUCAUAUCCAUUUCUUUUUGUUAGCACACAAAAACAGUAGAAGUCACUCGUACAUGCUCUGUCUCAGUAAUACACAGACACAUACUGUGCAUACAUACACACACACACACACACACACACACACACACACACAGACACACACACACACAUGCACACACAUGCACACACACACACAAACAUAGAAACACACACACAUUACAUAUGCUGUGAGACAUUCUUACAUUCUUACAGUCUGUUCAUGCAAACUCUUGGUGCUUUUUAAAAAUGGUGACAUGUCCGCUGGUUUAGACUGCAUCAGACGCUGCAUUGUUUUUCCUGCAUUUUUAUGGGCUUUCCGAGCCUCUUUUAUAGGAUCUCAUUUUAUACUAUUUUUAAUGGUCUAUGCCAGUUUCUCUCAGUCUGGUUUUUGCAUUUCUCUCAUUGGCCACGUUUACAUGAUGUUUUUAAUUCUGAAUUAGUUUAUUCAGAAUUAAAUAGAUCGGAAUUAAAAUAUUCUCCUUCAAGUUUACAUGGAAAUAAUAAUUCCGAAUUGGCGUUUACAUGGAACAUACGUUAAUUACGCUUUAUUGUAUUCCGCUGAACGUCUGAGGGUCGGGAAGGGUUCCGAUUGGACAGGCGGCGCAUGAACGUAGCCUAAUAAGGCCUACCGGAAGAAAACAAACUUUAGCUGGCUAGCAACUUUUUUGUCAUCUCGGGUUAACGUUACAGCAUGAACAAUAACAUAAUGAAAACGGGUUUCACAGUAAUUCUGAUAAUAGGCCUACUAUUUAACCGGCAGCUCGAAAAUAUUGUCAAGCUUCACGUUUGCUAGCUGAGGGGGAGAAGACUGUUGGAGAAGGGGGGAAGAAGACGGAGCCGAAUUAGCAAUGAAACGAGCAUGCGCGUCUUCUUCCUCCUUCUACGAGCAUGCGCCAAACAAACGGAAUAAACUUUUAAUCGGAAUAAAGGUUUACAUGAUCAAGGAGGGGAGUCAAUUCCGCUUUAACAUCGGAAUAAACCAACCACUUAAAUCGGAAUUAAGUUUAAUUCGGAAUAAUCAUUUUCAAGCGGAAUAAGCGUUUACAUGGUCUCUUUUAAAGCGGAAUUAACUUUUAUUCCGAUUUAACUUGGUUUUAUUCGGAAUUAAAGCUCUCAUGUAAACGCAGCAAUUGGCUGUUUUACAAUGGAAAACCUGUCAAUAAGAGUUGUCAUUUUUAGGACUAUUUUUCAUAGGUAGGUAGACGUCACUGCUACGCCACACAACUUUUUUAUGGUUUGUUGUUAAUGUUAAAUAACAAUAGCUGCUCUGAAGUCCAACAGCUUGAGUGCCAAACUGUUUUGCCGUGUGGUCUUUGUAAUUCAUUUUUAAAAUGUGGGGGACACAGACUCCAUACAUUUCUGUUGGAAAGUGCAUUUUUGACACAGAAUCAUGCCAUAGGCAUCUAAAAUGAAGACUCUUUAUAGUGACAAAAUGUCCACAAAAGAUUUGAAAAAAGAAAUAAAGAAAUAUAUGUAACAGUACCAUUAAUGUAUCUAAAACUAUUGUCAGGGAAGUUUUUAUUUUCCAUAAAUUGUAUCUGAAUUCAUGAUUGGUUCAGAACUGAAAAUGUGAUUUAAUUUAUAUUUAGUUCUGUCAUCAUGGCUGCCAUUUUAACACUAUUUUUAAAAAAGAUUUUAACUUCUAAACUGAUCAAACUAAUUGUGUAUAGUUGCCAGAGGUUAACCAGAACGUUUGUAAAAGUUUGAAACCUAAGGCAUUACCUUUAAGACAUUACAAAAUAACAUUUAUAUUAAACCCCCUGAGAGAAUUGAAGCUUUAAAAUGUAUAGGAAAACAUGAAUUUUUAGUUUGAUAUAAAUUACAAAACCCCACAUAUACAAAACUGCCUCUUCUGUGUUUUAGUCUUAUUCCUGUGAAAAUGCUAUUGAUGAGAUGAGUAAGUCUGGGUUUAGAGUGAUGUGUUUGUGUGGAUGUUUAUUUCCACAGUGGAGGCUUUGCUUCCUCAGGUUAAGAGAGCCCUAUGGAUAUGAAAGCAAUAAAACAAAACUCAUCUGAA